AAUAACAAAUUUUAAUUGAUUAUAACAAAAUGUACUCGAAUUUAUUUGUUAUUAUCAUCAUACAAUGUGCAAAUAAACAAGACCCGAAUUUUUUGCUCCAUUUUAAGAGUAAUGAUAAUUCGUGGGAACAAUUAGAUGUAAUUAAAUGAAAUUAAUUUCGGCCAUCAUUAUAUCUAAGUGAAGCGUAGUUCAAAGAGUUUUUAUGCUGCAACAUGAUUUGGUUGGAAAUUAUUAUAAAUUUGGGAAGUUUGUGAUAAAAAUCGACAGUCAUUAUUUGUGCGUUCAUCUAUUGUCGUAAAUCAUGACCCAUUUUAAAUUACCAAACGGGAAGCUAUUGGGUGCGUUAGCCUUGCUAAUGGCCUUCGUGUUGGAAACUACCUUUGCUGCCGGAAUUGAUUGUUCAAUGAGGCCACCAAUGAUUGAUCCCCUGACUUGCUGUCCCGUCCCCGAUAUAAUCAGCGAGGACAUAAUGACAAAAUGUAGAAUGGCAAUGCCAAGGCCACCGCCACCUCCUCCUGGGUAUCCCUAUGCCGAUCCUGGCUUAAUGUAUAGUGAUGAAGACUCCUCGUCCAUGUCAAAUGAAUCAAAACAACCCAAAACCACAGGCCCACCUAAUAGGCGACCACCUCAUCCACAUUAUGGCCCACCCCCACCACAUAUGCAAGCAUGCUUUUUGUACUGUGCUCUCAAUGAGACUGGCAUUUUACCGGCUACACCCGAUGCCAAACUAAAUGAAAAUAAAUUAUCAACCUAUCUGAAAGAGAUUCUAGCCAAUGCCACCGACAUGAUACCCAUCAUGGAGAGUUCAUUUAAAACCUGUGCCGUCAAAGUAGAGGAAAUGAGCAAGAAAUUUAAGGAACAUUUUGAAAAGAAGGCAGCUGCAUCUGCUUCCUCUUCAAAUGAAUCAAAAACACAAGAUCGUAUGAUGCGGCCACCACCUCCUCUCUGUCCCCAUGCAGCCAGUCACCUAAUGGGUUGUGUAUUUAAGGAAUCAUUUAUAAAUUGUCCCUCAUCCCUGUGGUCCAAUACAGAGCAAUGCAACGAAAUAAGGGACCACAUGAAAAAUUGCAAGGCCAACAAGAUGAAGAAUGGAAAAUUGGAUAAAAUGUAAUGUACGUUUUUUUAUCUUCUCACAACCAAAUGGGGAAUGAGUACACAGCAUUGUAUUUUAUUUGCCUUUGAACCCCAAGUGUUCAAUUUAAUUUCCCCCUAAAUCACUUUGUAUUUCAACCAAGUGUAAAAUUUGAUUAUAAAUUGUGAAAUAAAGAACAAAACAAUUCCUUAUCAAUCGCAAAAACACACAUCCUUUUAAUACGCAUGUCGCUUGACUUGGCGACUGGAAGGCUUUACCAUUUUGCGGGCAAAAAUUUUAAAACAUUCGCAACCAUACAUUCCCAGUGGCAAGACCUUAAAACAAAAAUGGAGUUAGAAAAAGAUUUUAAGGAUUUUUGUAGCAUUCUCAAGGAGGAAAGAUUUUCAAAACAGGAUAUUGAAAAUAUUUGCAAGCCCCUUUAUAAUUAUCAACGCAAAGAAGUUUUGAAAAAAUAUAGC